AUGACUCCUGUGUUGCUGCUGGCGGUGUGUUUUCUCGGAGCGUGUGCCCUUUCACCCGUGGAGGACACCAACAGACAGGAGCAGCUCCUCCUGAGGUCCCUGGGGCUCUCCGAGAGGCCGAGGCCUGCAGGGAGCCUCCAGCCCCGGCGCCAUGUCCCGUCCGCUCUCUGGAGGAUGUUUCGGAGGGCCGAGAAGCUCCAGGCCCUGGAGAGCCAGCCAUGCACGGUGUCCGAGUACGGAGUCCGCGGCAACAUCGUCAGAUACGUCCAAGACCAAGGCAGGAUGGUGUCUGGCUGGAGCAGCAGCUGUCAGGCUUGCCUGGAGAAGCAUCUUUUCUUCAACAUGUCCAUCCUGCAGCCUGUGGAGAUGCUAUCUCUGGCUCAGCUGGAAAUCAAGCUCCACUGGAAGCCCCUCAGUCCCUUGCAGCUGCUGCAAGGGUCCCAGGCCAUCAGUGCUUCUCUUUAUAAAGUGAUCCGAUCGACUUUGAAGGGAACUAAUCCUAAGGCGAACCGCAGACUCCUGCUGUCCCAGUCGGUCCAGCUGCAGCCCGAAUCCACCUCCAUCACCAUGGAUCUCACAGCAGUGGCAGAGAGCUGGCGCAAACCGGGGUCUAACUACGGCUUAAUUUUAGAGUUGCUCCCUCUCGGACCAGACCCGGAACAGUUCUUUCCGUUUUAUCCUGGUAACUCCCUCCCGCUGGAACAAACCUUCACCUUCCCGUUGGUUCAGGCCUCACUAGUGGCUGUGUCCCUCAACCCAAAUCAGUGUCGGUCCAGACAGAGGAGAAGCACCAUCCACAUCCCCGUGACACCCAGCAAUGUGUGUAAAGCUCGCCGCCUCUACAUCAAUUUUAAAGAUGUCGGCUGGCAGGACUGGGUCAUCGCCCCGCAGGGCUUCAUGGCCAACUACUGCCACGGGGAGUGUCCGUUCCCGCUCAGUGAGAGCCUGAACGGCACCAACCAUGCCAUCCUGCAGACCCUGGUGCAUUCCUUGGAUCCAGAGAACACGCCACAGCCCUGCUGCGUCCCCAUCCGUCUCUCCUCGAUCUCCAUGCUCUACUACGACAACAAUGACAAUGUGGUGCUUCAGCAUUACCAGGACAUGGUGGUGGAUGAAUGCGGGUGUCGCUGA